CUUAAGGCGGAGGGUGAAAGAAGAUGGGAAAUGAAGGAGCCAAGGCCUAGACAGCGGUGCGGAGAGUCGAAAGCUGAGCUGGAGGGCAGUUCUGAACAUUUUGAUAGGAACGCGAUGGAGUCGGCGCUCCGCGGAAGCACAGUAGCGUAGAAGGGCCAGGAUGAUGCUGGCUGUCCCCCCCCCCCCGCCCGGCACGGUUGGGUGGCGCCUCAGCGGGGGAGCGUGGGGGCGGGGGAGGGUGUCCCCCUCAGCGCAGUUAAAAUGAAACUCUAGUGGCUGGAGUCAGGGCAGAGCGUGAGGGGACCCGGUGCGGGCGGGCGGGCUCGGUGACGUCCCGGCGCGAGCGCCCAGCUGAGCCGCGCUGCCUGGACUCUGCGGCCCGCGCCCGAUCCGAGGCUGCGGCAGCUUCGGUUCCGAACCCGCCCGGAACGGAGCCUGAGUCCCGGCUCCUGAGGGGAUCGUCCUCUGCAGACCAGUGGGACCCCGAAACUUGAACGCAAUACCCACCCCCCCUUUUUUAUGCCUUCCUUUGUCACUUCUCCACGGUUCUCUCAACGCGUUCGUUUUCUUUCUUCUUGAUCUUCUUUUCCCCCACCCCCUUCAUUUUCCCUCCUUCGAAGGACGCGAAAGUGGCUUCCGCGGAAAGAUUUGGAGGCGGUGGGAGCUUUUCUCUUUGGAGAGCCUCUGUGUAGAAGGGCUGCUGGGGGAGCCGCUUUUUAGCACCCCUGCCCUCCGCGGCCCCGAGCCUCUUUGUAGCCCUCCGAGGAGGAGAAGCCGUGACUUGCGAGUGGAAGGGGCGUUUUGCUGGGGCUUACAGGAGGACCCGGGGGAGCACCCCAUCCUCGCCCUGGUAGUUGACCGGACUUGUACCGGCCGUUGAAAUCCUGAAAUACAUCUCCGUGUGGGACUUUUAUAGAUAAUCUAUUUUUGGAUUUUUAAGUACCAGAUUUAGAAAAAAAAUUUUAUAUCUAUAUAUACAUAUAUGUGCUUUCUAUAUAUCUCCUGACGACCGGCCCCUGACAGCGCAAUGUACAAUACGGUGUGGAGUAUGGACCGCGAUGACGCAGACUGGAGGGAGGUGAUGAUGCCCUAUUCGACAGAACUGAUAUUUUAUAUUGAAAUGGAUCCUCCAGCUCUUCCACCAAAACCACCUAAGCCAAUGACUUCAACCAUUACAAAUGGAAUGAAGAAGGAAAGUUCUGUUUCUCUUCAGGAUGCAGAAUGGUACUGGGGGGAUAUCUCAAGGGAGGAGGUAAAUGACAAAUUACGGGACAUGCCAGAUGGUACCUUCUUGGUCAGAGAUGCUUCAACAAAAAUGCAGGGAGAUUAUACUUUGACACUGAGGAAGGGAGGCAAUAAUAAAUUGAUAAAGAUCUAUCACCGAGAUGGUAAAUAUGGCUUUUCCGAUCCUCUGACAUUUAAUUCAGUGGUGGAGCUAAUUAACCACUAUCAUCAUGAAUCUCUUGCUCAAUACAAUCCCAAACUUGAUGUGAAGCUGAUGUACCCAGUAUCCAGAUACCAACAGGAUCAAUUGGUAAAAGAAGAUAACAUUGAUGCAGUAGGUAAAAAACUGCAAGAGUACCACUCUCAGUAUCAGGAAAAGAGUAAAGAGUAUGACAGGCUAUAUGAAGAAUAUACUAGAACAUCACAGGAAAUACAGAUGAAGAGAACUGCAAUUGAAGCUUUUAAUGAGACAAUUAAAAUAUUUGAAGAGCAGUGUCAUACACAGGAGCAACAUAGCAAGGAAUAUAUUGAGCGAUUUCGCAGAGAGGGGAAUGAAAAGGAAAUUGAAAGAAUUAUGAUGAAUUUUGACAAAUUGAAGUCACGUCUGGGUGAGAUUCAUGAUAGCAAGGUUCGUCUAGAGCAGGAUUUGAAGAAACAAGCUUUGGACAACCGGGAAAUAGAUAAAAAAAUGAACAGUAUAAAGCCUGAUCUGAUCCAGCUACGCAAGAUCCGAGAUCAGCACCUUGUAUGGCUCAGUCACAAAGGAGUACGACAGAAGCGACUGAAUGCCUGGCUGGGGAUCAAGAAUGAGGAUGCAGAUGAGACCUAUUUUAUCAAUGAAGAAGAAGAAAACCUGCCCCAUUAUGAUGAGAAAACCUGGUUUGUUGAGGAUAUCAAUCGAGUACAAGCAGAGGACUUGCUUUAUGGGAAACCUGAUGGCGCUUUCUUAAUUCGUGAGAGUAGCAAGAAAGGAUGUUAUGCUUGCUCUGUGGUUGCCGAUGGGGAAGUGAAGCACUGUGUGAUCUACAGCACUGCUCGGGGCUAUGGCUUUGCAGAGCCCUACAAUCUGUACAGCUCCCUCAAGGAGCUGGUGCUCCACUACCAGCAGACAUCCCUCGUUCAGCACAACGACUCCCUAAACGUCAGGCUUGCCUACCCCGUCCACGCACAGAUGCCCUCACUCUGUAGAUAAAAGAGAGGAGAGGUGGCUCUCUAGCAUUUUUUCUACAGUUUUUAUUAGACAACGAGGGCAUUCUUUCUACGUAGACUGCUUGUUUUGCACAAGAAGUGACUGUGAAUGUGGAGAGGCUGAGCAGCAGCUGGCCAGCAUGGGGGCAUAAAGGGCGUAAGUCCCUGAGGUUCUCUGGUACUCGGCCAUACCACUGCACUGACAUACGAAGCUGGAAGCAGAUGCUUUUCUAGAAAGUCUGUUUCAUUGGGGGGGUUGGUUUGUUUUGUUUAACCAGGCACCCUCAACACAUCUGAUUUGAUGGGGAUGGUGGACUGUAUCUGAAAGCCUCUGAAGAGUCCCAUGUCCUCUUUGGGAUCUGAGAAUGUGUCAGGGACAUGGCUCUGUCGGUUUUCUUUUGAUCUGACAGUUUCUCUUAACUUCCUCCCCCAAAGGAGGCUGUUCUGGCUCUGUGAUAGAAUGGCAUUUGGUGAAGAAAGAAAAAAAAAAAAGACAACCAAAGGAAAGGGAGAGGCUUGGGGUUUCAUUUGAAGAAUCUCAGUCAAGGGGUAAAGGACCUUCAGCUGAAGUACUUUAUUUCUUAGCACAAUGUAGUCAGCACCCUAUAUAAGGCAUAGCUGCUCCCUCUAAAAAGCAUCAUGUCUAGAAACCAAAUUGAUCCCAGCCAAACAAUGUUUGUUGCCAGACUAAGGUCUAAUGAAAGAACAUGACACUAGUAUCUGAAUGCACACUUCUGUACCAAAACUUGAAAACAAAAC